AUCAGUGAGAGACAAAUCAUUUAGUACAGACAACUUCUCGUCGCUGUCAUAGAUUCGUUUACACAAGAGUUGCUACCCAUAAAAAGCAUGUGUUCUGCACAAAACAUUAACAUGAGAGUGAGUCAACACUAAAAACAAAGAAAGUGAAUUCAAAACUGAUACAGAAGAUGAAAAUACCAAGAAAGUGAGCGAGGCCUUUUUUUUCAAAAAAAAAAAAAAAAAAAGUGAGCGAGGCCUUGCGCCUCCGGAGGAUCCAAGAAGCUUCCCAUUGCAACACACAUUGCUGCAGCUGCCUGAAACGCACAUCACAACACACAUGAGUUUAAAAAUCAAAUUUGAUUAAAAAGAGUGAUAUAUCUUAAAUCGAAAAGAACCUUUUUAGUCUGUUGCUCUCCUUUCUCUUUCACUUCAUCUUCAUCCAUAUCAUCUCCUUCUCCGUCGUCACCUUCAUAGCUCCCGUCACUAUCUUCCUCUUCUUCUCCGUCAUCAUCAUCAUCUGAAUAAGCAGACCACACAAUCCGUUCUCCAGCUCAAUCACUCUGUAUAGCCUCCUGGUCGUUGGGCGACUUCACCACUACAUUGUCCAAGCUCGUAACGGCUUUCGUUACAGACAUUGCGAUAGCGACUCGUGAAGAAGUGCUGCUGCAGCAGCUGCUGGAAUCCUGGAAGAGUAUAUUCUUGAGGUCUCGCUGCCUCCAGGGGCGGAUGUAGAGAAAAAUUUAUAGUGAGGCAUAAUUGAAAUAUUUUAAAGAAUUAGGGGUAAAUUUGCUAAAAACAAAGAGUUUUCAAAAUCAAGAUAUCUUGCCGUUCUUUUUGUAGAAAAUUAGCAUGUAAGCCGGUUAUGCUAUAAAAACGACACGCGUUGUUGUUUUAAGGAACGUAAAUAGCAAAAUAAAAACGCUACGUCUUCGCCUCUGAUUUCUUGCCGUUCUCUCCGUUGAGAUUUGGCAUGUACACCGUUUCAUGCUAGAGAAACCGCACGCGUCGUUUUUCUGAGGAGCGGAAAUAGCCAAAAAAAAAAAAGACGCUUCGUCUUCGCCUCUGUUUUCUCGCCGUUCUCUCCGUUGAGAUUUGGCAUGUCCGCCGUUUCAUACUAGAGAAACCGCACGCGUCGUUGUUUUAAGGAACGGAAAUAACAAAAAAAGGACUUAACCGUCGUCUUCGCCUUCGCCUUCACACCUCCGGGAGAGUUUGAUUUGAGUCGGCAACGAUGGCAUUGUCGCAGUGGAAGGAAGCUAUCCUCGAAGGAAUUUUCACGGAGAUCGAGAAAGGACUCGUGGAGGAUAAGAAUCUCGAGCGGUUAGAGAAUCUAGUGGAGAUUCUCCACAAAGAAGGCUCUAAAGUCCCCCAAUCAGUGAAGGAAUCGUACUGUCAAGUCGCCGUAGAAUGUACAGCGAGGUGUCUCACUAACGAGAGAGACGCAAAAGAAGCUUACACCGAAGCAAUCAGAUCGAUUUGGCUCCGUAGGGUUAUGCCUCUGUGCGAUAAGGUCAGUUGUUUGGUUACUCGUGACCUCUUGAAUAGCUGCAAAAGAUUGUGGACGGCUCAUGGUGACGCUAAGGCUCGUGAGGCCUUGAUGGAUGAGAAUACGAGAGAGAAAGCUUUGGCUUCUUUGAGGAAAGUUGUUUCUGAGCUGCACCCCAACAUUGAUUGUGCCUAUGGUGAGAGAGAUGAAUCUGAAGAGACUAGUAAAGAAACAGGAGAGACAGAGCCAAUGGAGGAAGACGAAGGGAGACUCUCAGAUAUUGAAGAGGAAGGACCUUGUGGUGAGUUAGAAGCUGCAUCUCCGCCACGGAGGAUGAAGACCAUUUCCUCUGCAGUUGUUGCCAAGGCGCUUGAAGAGCUUAGAGCUUCUAAAAUCGACCUGAUGAAUGCCUUGGCAGAAGCAGGAGGACCUUCAAAUUGGAAGGUUGCUUCGACUACACAACAAGAGAAUGUUGUUGCUGGUCCUCCUGCAGCAAACAAGCCUAGCUUGAUGGAGAGAAGAGCCACAGCACAGACUUGUGAGUGGGAAGACUCAAUUGAUGAUGAUUCAGAUGGAGAAAAUGGUGAAGCGGAUAAUGAACCAAGAGGUAAAAGGAUUGUGGUGUCUCCUUGGAAAAGAAACCUUGUUGGUGGUAGAAGGCCGAAGAUUCCUUGGAGUACUGCAGAAACGCUGGCCGUUAUGAAAGGCUAUGAGAAGUAUGGUGCAAACUGGAAGCGGAUCAAAGAUGAGUGUGAUAUUCUAGUGCGCAGAACUAAUGGUGAUAUUAAAGAUAAACAUCGAGUUGAGAUGAGGCGUCUAGAGCGCCAUCCUUUGAGUAGGAACUGAGAAAAAGACAUCAGACCUCUUUUGCGCUGACGAUUAACAAAAUGCUGAACAAAGAUGUGUUGUGGCAUCUAUGGAAUGUAAAAGGAUGGGUAACAUUUUGUCGCCUUCUUUUAAACCCUUGAGAAUUUGUACAUAUGAUGAUGAUAAUAUCUAGUGACUCUGCUUGUUUAAGUAAACUAGGUUCCUUGAUCAAUCUAGGAGCAGUUCAUUUCGGUU